AUGGGCAACUUUAUCAGCUGGCUCGACAAGAACUUGGCUCCCGAUUCCAACCAAGGUUCGGCCCAAGGCACUCAGCCCGAGUCGGCAUGGGGCAUGGUUGAUACUCUGAUUCCUGUACUAGUUGUAUCAGCCAUCUACAUCAUCAUUUUCCUAUUUCUUAGAAAAUCACAACGGCGCUACUAUGCGCCGCGUACAUACCUGGGGUCCUUACGAGAAGAUCAGCGGACACCAAGUGUACCCAGCAAUCUACUGACCUGGUUUUCCGCAUUCUGGAAGAUCCCCGAUGCCUAUGUUCUCACUCACCAGAGUCUCGACGCCUAUCUCUUCCUCCGAUAUCUGCGCAUUUGCUUCGUCAUCUGUCUUGUCAGCCUUUGUAUUACUUGGCCUGUUCUCUUCCCUGUCAACGCCACAGGAGGCAAGGGACUGUCCCAGCUUGAGAUUCUAUCGUACAGCAAUGUCGACAUUGACACCAAGAAGAACUAUCUCUAUGCCCAUACCUUUGUUGGCUGGGCCGUCUAUGGCUUCCUCAUGUACAUGAUCACGCGCGAAUGCAUCUUCUACAUCAACUUGCGACAAGCUCACCACAUCAACCCGCACUAUGCCAAGCGAAUUUCUGCCCGUACCGUUCUCUUUACCUCAGUCCCGGAUGAGUACAACAACGAAGCGCGCAUUCGCAGCAUGUUUUCUGCGGUCAAGAACGUCUGGGUCUGUGGCAAGACAGAUGAACUCGACGAACUUGUUGAGAAGCGAGAUGAGGCCGCUAUGAAGCUUGAAAAGGGCGAAAUCAGUCUCUUGAAAGAAGUUAACAAGGCUCGCGCCAAGGCUCUGAAGGACGGCGGAGAGCCUCACCCCGAAGGCCCUGGAACUGCCAAUACCGAAGAUGGCGAUGUUGAAACUGGUGACAUUGCUUCCCGCUGGAUUGCCGACAAGAAACGACCGCACCACCGCCUGGGUCUCCUUGGUCUCGUUGGCAAAAAGGUCGACACUAUCGAAUGGUGCCGCUCCGAGCUGCAGCGACUGGUCCCCGAGGUUGAAAAAGCCCAGGCCGAUUGGCGAACUGGUAACUACGAAAAGGUCCGCGGUGUUUUUGUCGAGUUCGAGACCCAGGGCGAUGCUCAGUUCGCCUUCCAGUCUGUCACUCAUCAUUUGGCCCUGCACAUGGACCCCAAGGCCAUUGGAGUUCAACCUGGAGAAAUUGUCUGGAAGAGUUUGACCCUCCCCUGGUGGCAGAUUAUCAUUCGCCGAUACGUGGUGUACGCUUUCAUCGCCGCUCUCAUCAUCUUUUGGGCUAUUCCUGUUGGUAUUGUUGGUUUGAUCGCCCAGGUCAACACUUUGAAGACGAUUCCAGGCUUGACUUGGAUCGCGCAAAUUCCCAAGCCCAUUCUCGGUGUCGUGUCUGGUUUGCUCCCGGCAGUGGCUCUCUCAAUCCUUAUGUCGUUGGUUCCCGUCAUUAUGCGACUGUGCGCCAGACUCGCCGGCGAGGUGUCUCAGUCCCGCGUUGAGCUGUUUACUCAGAAUUCGUACUUUUUCUUCCAGCUCAUCCAGGUCUUCUUGAUCCAAACCUUUACCAACGCAGCCUCAACAGCCCUUGUUCAGAUUGCUCAACAGCCGGGACAAGUCUUCACCAUUCUCUCAUCGUCUCUGCCAACAGCAUCUAAUUUCUACAUUUCCUACUUUAUCGUCCAAGGCCUCACGAUUGCCACUAGCGUUGUUACCCAGGUUGUCGGUUUCUUCGUCUUUACGCUUUUGUACAAGUUCUUGGCCAAGACGCCUCGAGCCAUGUACAAGAAGUGGACCAGCCUCAGUGCCAUUUCUUGGGGCAGCGUUCUCCCUGUUUACACCAACAUUGCUGUCAUUAGCAUCACGUACUCAGUUAUCGCUCCUUUGAUCUUGUUCUGGUCAACCAUUGGCAUGGGCCUGUUCUAUCUGGCCUACCGAUACAAUAUCCUGUUUGUCACGGAAACCCAGAUCGAUACACACGGCUUAAUCUAUCCACGUGCUCUUAAGCAGCUGUUUGCUGGUAUUUACUUGGCUGAGAUCUGCAUGGUUGGUCUAUUUGCUGUCUCCAAAGCCGCUGGGCCCGCUGUUCUCAUGGGCAUUUUCCUCGCCUUUACCAUCCUAUAUCACAUUACGCUGUCGAGAACCCUCGACCCUCUUCUCUACGGCCUGCCACGCAGCCUUCAGGCCGAGGAGGAAGCCAUCCUCGCGCGUAUCGCUGGCAAUGAGGGUGCCACCAGCGCCGAGGAAGGCCUGGCCACCAACGAAUUGUCUCACGAGGACACCGUUAGCAAGGCACCUGGCACCAAGGUGGCGACAAAUGCUCCCGCCAAGAAGGGCAACUUUAUUCUCAGAUUCUUCAAGCCUUGGAUCUACUCCGACUACGCAACACUGCGCGAAUGGUUUACUUCAGAAAAGCACUUUGCGGAACCGAUCGAGUACCCCGAAGAGAUUGUAGCUGAGGCCUACCUGCCACCAUCUGUAUCGAGCAGGGCACCAAUUCUUUGGAUCCCCUCGGACCCUGCCGGCUUGUCAAAGGUUGAGAUUGCCGCUUCCAGCAAGGUGAUUCAAAUCACAGACGAGGGCGCGGUGCUGGAUGAGAAGAACCACAUUACGUGGGACUCUGAGGGAGCCCGACCCCCUAUUUGGGAAGAAAAGAUUUACUAUUAA